CCCAAGUAAAAACGUAUGAAACAUUCCAACCUCUAAAACUGAAUGGUGGUGAAGUGCGAGCGAGAAGAGACCAAAACAUCAAACUACAAAAACAUGGCUGUGGCACCAGUCAAGGAGACUCCAGUCUUCGCCGAAGUUGACAUGGGCGACGACUCAUCCUCUCCCACCGUCCGCGCCACCAUCGUCCAAGCCUCCACCAUCUUCUACGACACUCCCGCCACUCUAGAUAAGGCUGACAGAUUGCUGGCGGAAGCAGCUGGGUAUGGAUCGCAGCUGGUUGUGUUUCCUGAAGCAUUUGUGGGAGGGUAUCCUCGUGGCUCCAAUUUCGGGGUUGCCAUUGGGAACAGAACCGCUAAGGGGAAAGAAGAGUUCCGAAAGUAUCAUGCCGCUGCCAUUGAUGUACCUGGUCCUGAAGUUGACCGACUGGCAUCAAUGGCUGGAAAAUAUAAGGUCAUCCUGGUAAUGGGUGUGAUAGAGAAAGAAGGGUAUACACUAUAUUGUACUGUUCUGUUUUUUGAUUCUCAAGGUUGCUACCUGGGAAAGCACCGAAAAAUAAUGCCAACAGCAUUGGAGCGAAUCAUUUGGGGAUUUGGAGAUGGAUCCACAAUUCGUGUAUUUGAUACUCCAAUUGGAAAGAUAGGUGCUGCCAUUUGUUGGGAAAAUAAAAUGCCACUUUUAAGGACAGCAAUGUAUGCUAAAGGCAUUGAAAUAUAUUGUGCUCCCACAGCUGAUUCUAGGGAUCUAUGGCAAGCAUCAAUGACCCAUAUUGCUUUAGAAGGUGGGUGCUUUGUCUUAUCAGCUAACCAAUUCUGUCGAAGGAAAGACUAUCCCCCUCCGCCAGAGUAUAUAUUUUCAGGCAUGGAAGAGGAACUUACUCCUGAUUCUGUUGUCUGUGCUGGAGGCAGCGUCAUUAUAUCACCGUCAGGGACUAUACUUGCUGGGCCAAAUUAUGACGGGGAGGCACUCCUCACAGCAGAUCUUGAUCUUGGAGAUAUAGCAAGGGCGAAGUUUGAUUUCGAUGUGGUAGGACACUAUGCACGGCCUGAAGUGCUUAGCUUGAUUGUGAGGGACCAUCCAGCAAAUCCGGUUACUUUUACAUCAGCCUCAGCAAAGAACGAAGACUUGCACGAAUCAUGAUUGAAUCAAAAUGCAGGCUUGUUCACUCAUGAUCGUUUGUGGAUAUAUGAUUUCUGUGACUUUGUUGUAUCUUCUUUGAACACUGGUGUUGUCAUGCUUUGGAAUCUGAUCAAAAGUGAAUUGUACCCCAAAAUUGAUGGGAUUAUGUACUUCCUUAUUUUGUAUUUAAAUCAACUUUAGAGACCAGAUUUCUUGUUAUACUUGUAAUUUAAGUCCAUCUUGAAU